CUUCGAGAUUUUGGCAGUGGCCAUGAGGCCUAUUUCGAUGAAAGGCCAUUGAAGACCUACUCUACUUUUGUGCCAAGGGCCACUGACUUGGCACUUAGCCUGCCCGCAACGGCGCGCCGUUUGGUCUGCGACUCUGCGCAGUCUCCAGUACGUCUUCCUUCUGAUUUUAGCAAUCAAGGGGUAGGGUUUCCCUCAUGGAAAGAGACAGUUUUCAUGAUUGAUUUAAUGAUUGGUCGAUGCGGCUGAUCACUGGAAUGUAGAAACAGGGGCAAGGCAUGUUGGCUUAUACACUUGUUAUUGGACAUUGAAAAAUGUUGAGUGCUGGGGGAAAUGCUGUUGUUGGUCAAGGGGAUUCGGAGACAGGGAGACUGCUUGAAGAGUCUAACCAGGAAACCGGUCAUAUGAAGACAAUAACAUUACUUUGGAAAGCUGAGGAUGGUUCGCAUUUUCUCAGUGGUCCCUGGAUACCUUCUAUUGAUCGCAUUCUCAGAUUUUUUCUUGAUCUUGUGGUAGUGCUAGGAGAUAGUCAGAUGCAUUACAUGUCAGUUCAUCAUGCUGAGAAGUGUGGGGCCAAAUUCUUUGACAAGGAAAAUAUAGGCUCACCACCAUUGUUGAACACUGUGAUUUGCCUUAUGUGUAAACACUCGAGUAAAUUAUGAUCUUGCAUUUGAUUAGAUUCUUCAAGAAGUAAUUGGAGGUGUGAAAUGGUUUGGACCUAUAAAUGCCUAAGCAUACAACCCUGAUGGAAAAAGGUUCGUCACGACUUCUUAUUUCUGAUUAA